AUGGGGGAUCAGCAACUGUACAAGACCAAUCACGUGGCCCACGGUGGUGAGAACCUUUUCUACCAACAGCCACCACUUGGCGUCCACGGUGGGCUGAACCACAACUAUGGGAAUACAGUCCCCGGGGCUGGAAUGGAUGCCCCUCAGGCAUCACCCAUCUCCCCUCACUUCCCUCAAGACACUCGAGAUGGUCUGGGCUUGCCUGUUGGCUCCAAAACGCUUGGCCAAGUGGACACCUCAAGGCAGGGAGGGUGGGCAGGCCAUGCAGGGCCUGGAAACCAUGUCCAGCUACGUGGCAACCUGACCAACUCGAGCAUGAUGUGGGGGUCUGCAGCCCAGGCGGAGCCCACCGAUGGCUACCAGUACACCUACUCCCAGGCCAGCGAGAUCCGGACCCAGAAGCUCACCAGCGGUGUCCUGCACAAGCUAGACUCUUUCACCCAGGUGUUUGCCAACCAAAACCUGCGAAUUCAGGUCAACAAUAUGGCCCAGGUGCUGCACACCCAGUCCGCAGUGAUGGACGGAGCCCCUGAAAGCGCCCUCCGCCAGUUGCUGUCCCAGAAGCCCAUGGAGCCCCCAGCACCGGCUCUCCCUUCCCGCUACCAGCAGGUGCCCCAGCAGCCUCACCCUGGUUUCACUGGCGGGCUGUCCAAACCAGCUCUUCAGGCUGGGCCGCACCCAAGCCAAGGGCACCCGUAUUAUGACUACCAGCAGCCACUGGCCCAGAUGCCAGUGCAGGGAGGACAGUCACUGCAGGCCCCCCAGAUGCUGUCCCAGCACAUGCAGCAGCUGCAGCAGCACCAGUAUUACCCGCAGCAGCAACAGCAGCAAGCCGGGCAGCCGCGGAUGUCAGUGCAAGAAAUGCAGCCGCAGCAGCAGCAGCAGAUUUGCCCAGCGCAGCCCCAGCAGCUGCAGCAGCGGCAGGGUUCGAUGCAGAUACCUCAGUAUUACCAGUCCUCACCCAUGAUGCAGCAUUUGCCAGAGUCGCGGCAGCCACAGAUGCACCUGCAGCCCCCUUCUUAUCACAGGGACCCCCACCAGUACACCCCGGAGCAGGCGCACGCUGUCCAGCUGAUUCAGCUGGGCUCCGUUCCCCAGUACUACUACCAGGAGCCCCAGCAGCCCUACGGCCACCCCAUGUACCAGCAGAGCCACCUGCCCCAGCACCAGCAGCCUGAGGACGCUCAGCCCAAGACUUAUCCAAGCGACAGGCAGGCCCAGGCCAUGCUGAGCUCCCAUGGGGACCUGGGGCCUCCAGAUACAGGAAUGGGUGACCCGGCAAGCUCGGACCUGAACCGGGUCAGCAGUGCGCUCCCCCACCGGCCGCUCCUGUCCCCCAGUGGCAUCCACCUCAACAACAUGGGGCCUCAGCACCAGCAGCCGUCUCCCAGUGCCGUGUGGCCCCAGAUGCACCUACCUGACGGCAGAGCCCAGCCAGGGUCCCCUGACUCAAGUGGCCAACCAAAAGGAGUGUUUGGAGAGCAGUUUGAUGCCAAGAACAAGCUGACAUGCUCCAUCUGCCUGAAGGAGUUCAAGAGUCUGCCUGCCCUGAACGGCCACAUGCGGUCCCACGGGGGGAUGAGGGCCUCCCCCAGCCUCAAACAGGAGGAAGGAGAGAAGGCCCCGGCGCCUCCGCCUCAGCCGCCACUGCCGCCUCCGCCUCCGCCGCCACCGCAGCUCCCACCCGAGGCGGAAAGCCUCACGCCUAUGGUCAUGCCCGUGUCUGUCCCUGUCAAGCUUCUCCCGCCCAAGCCCAGCUCUCAGGGCUUCGCCAACAGCGUCGCUGCCGCCCCCUCAGCCAGAGACAAGCCAGCCAGCUCGAUGUCGGACGACGAGAUGCCCGUGCUCGAAAUUCCCAAGAAGCAUCAGCCAGCCUUGGCCAAAGCUGAGGAAGCCCUCAAGACCGCGCCGGAGAAGAAAAAGUUCCGGCACCGGCCCGAGCCGCUCUUCAUCCCGCCUCCGCCCUCCUACACCCCCAACCUCGCCGCCUCGCACUCUGGCGCCACCCUGUACCAGAGCCAGCUGCGCUCCCCGCGCGUCCUGGGCGACCACCUGCUCCUCGACCCCGCCCACGAGCUGCCCCCCUACACGCCCCCGCCCAUGCUCAGCCCGGCGCGCCAGGGUUCGGGGCUCUUCAGCAACGUGCUCAUCUCGGGCCACGGCGGCGGCGCGCAUCCGCAGCUGCCCCUCACGCCCCUCACGCCUACGCCUCGCGUGCUGCUCUGCCGCCCCAACAGCAUCGAUGGCAGCAACGUGACAGUCACCCCAGGUCCUGGAGAGCAGACCGUUGAUGUCGAACCACGCAUCAACAUUGGCUUGAGAUUCCAAGCGGAGAUCCCAGAACUCCAGGAUGUCUCUGCCCUGGCCCAGGACACACACAAGGCCACACUGGUAUGGAAGCCCUGGCCAGAGCUGGAAAACCACGACUUCCAGCAAAGAGUGGAGAAUCUCCUGAAUCUGUGCUGUUCAAGUGCGUUGCCAGGUGGAGGGACCAAUUCUGAAUUUGCUUUGCACUCUCUCUUCGAGGCCAAAGGUGAUGUGAUGGCUGCUCUGGAAAUGCUGCUGCUGCGGAAGCCAGUCAGGUUAAAAUGUCACCCUUUAGCAAAUUACCACUAUGCCGGUUCGGACAAGUGGACCUCCCUAGAAAGAAAACUGUUUAAUAAAGCACUAGCCACUUACAACAAAGACUUUAUUUUUGUACAGAAGAUGGUGAAGUCCAAGACGGUGGCUCAGUGCGUGGAGUACUACUACACGUGGAAAAAAAUCAUGAGGCUGGGGAGGAAACACCGGACACGGCUCUCGGAAAUCAUCGAUGAUUGUGUGACGAGUGAAGAUGAAGAGGUGCAGGAGGAGGAGGAAGACCCAGAAGAAGACAGGAAAUCCACAAGAGAAGAGGAGAAUGAAUUGCCCAAGUCUCCAGAGCCAGCACCAGGCCCGGUCCUGGCUUCCGCAGAGGCGCCACCCCUGCAAGCCCUGGGCCAGCCCUCAGGCUCCUUCAUCUGUGAAAUGCCCAACUGUGGAGCUGUGUUCAGCUCCCGACAGGCACUGAACGGCCAUGCCCGCAUCCACGGUGGCACCAACCAGGUGACCAAAGCUCGGGGUGCUGUUCCCUCUGGAAAGCAGAAGCCUGGCAGUGCCCAGAGCGGGUACUGCUCAGUGAAGAGCUCACCCUCUCACAGCACCACCAGUGGCGAGACAGACCCCACCACCAUCUUCCCCUGCAAGGAGUGUGGCAAAGUCUUCUUCAAGAUCAAAAGCCGAAAUGCACACAUGAAAACUCACAGGCAGCAGGAGGAACAGCAGAGGCAGAAAGCCCAGAAGGCGGCUUUUGCGGCCGAAAUGGCAGCCACGAUUGAGAGGACUACGGGGCCGGUGGGGCCGCCGGGGCUGCUGCCCCUGGACCAGCUGAGUCUGAUCAAACCCAUCAAGGACGUGGACAUCCUCGACGACGACGUCGUCCAGCAGUUAGGAGGCGUCAUGGAAGAGGCCGAGGUCGUGGACACCGGUCUCCUCUUGGAUGAUCAAGAUUCAGUUUUGCUUCAGGGUGACACGGAACUCUAAAGCCCUGUGUGUCGCUUGGAGAUGGCGAAAACCCACGGUCUCCAUCCUCAUUCAUCAGGAAAGCUGGACUGCCUGCUUGUUUUGUAACCAUUUUAAACUACCUGCUUAAAAAGUGGUCGUUUUUUUCAGGUUUAGAAAAAAAUCGGGGUUUUUUUCCUUUUAUUUAAAAACAGUUGUUUUGUGGGAGGUUGGGGGGGAAUAAAUAAUUGGCACAAUCCUACUUUAAGAUGUGUUUCAUCUGGGCUACAUUCCCAUGAACUCAUUCCUGGUUGGGAAUGAACCUGAUGUUCAUGUUCUUUUGCUUUCAGAUGCCAACCAUCCUGGUUGCCUUUUAUCCCAAAGCUUGC